UUUAAUUUAUGCUUCAAAAAUUUUUCCGUCCAUGCAGAAAUCACUGAUCAGAAGUAAAGGGUCACCAUCUAGAAGACUCUCUUGCAUACAAAAAAGGCCACGGUGUCCUUUAUUCGCAUAUCCAAGAAAAAUAUGUGGUAUAAUCACAUGCACGCCUUUCCUGUUUGCAUUAAAUUUUCAAAGUAUCUAAGUGCAGGAAAUAACUGCGGAAUUUUGAAUGAUGUUAAUUCCACAAAGUUAGGGUGUUCAAAAUACAGGAAUAAAAAUAUAAACAGGAUUAGAUCAAAGUUCAAAUGAAAGUAAGAAAAAAAAAAAGAAUGGAAAAAUGAAAAAAAAGGCACACAAAAAUUCAAAGCUUAUCAAUUGAGUCACAAGUAACAAAAAAACAAACACAUAUAAACUGUUUCAUAUUCAGAUAUAGAAACACAAAAGGCUAGACUCGAUUUAAAAGAGAGAGAGAGCGUGCGUUGAAGUUUUUGAGAAGAGACAUUUAUAGUCAAAUCUUCUUUCUUUGCAUAUACCAUGAAAACUCUUCUUUCGAUACAAUCUCAUGUGGUACAUGGGUAUGUUGGUGGUAAGGCGGCGAUAUUCCCAUUACAAUGUCAAGGGUGGGAUGUUGACGCAAUAAACACUGUCAACUUUUCCAACCAUACUGGAUACGGGUGCGUCAAAGGUUCAAGGUUAACUCGUGCCGAGCUUGAAGAUCUUUUUGGUGGAAUUUCAGAUAUCAAUAUAACGUACGAUGCAGUUAUUACCGGGUAUGUACCUAAUGCCGAGUUGAUCUCGGUAAUAAACCAAUACGUCGGCUCAUUAAAGUUGAAACAGCCCAAUCUCAUGUACCUUCUAGAUCCUGUUAUGGGAGAUCAGGGGUAUCUUUAUGUGGAUAAAUCCUGUAUCGUACAAUAUAGAGAACUGUUAGCUUCAAAAAUUGUGGAUAUAAUUACUCCAAAUCAAUUUGAACUUGAACUAUUGUAUGAUGGUAAAAUUUCAAAUUUACAAGACUUGAAAUUAGCCAUAAAUUACAUUCAUGUUACAUAUGGAGUGAAGUAUGUGGUUGUAUCUAGUUUGACCGAUUUGGAAGGAUUAGAUCCCGAUUACAUAUAUUGUGCUAGUAGUUGCGUCCAUAGUACUGACGUUCAAAUUUUCAAAAUUCCCAUAAUCAAGUCAUAUUUUACGGGAGUUGGAGAUUUAUUUAGUGCAUUACUUUUAGAUAAAUUACUGCAAAACUUGCAACAAAAGAAUGAAGAAGACUUGGCUCUUACGAGAUCAGUGAACCAAGUUCUUACAAUCAUGUCAAAGACACUUAAAUUGACCCAUUCGCUUGCGAUGAAAUCUCUCAAUAAGAGCCUUGACUCUUCGUUAUCACAAACUACUGGUAAGAUGAACGACAGAGACUCAAUGAAGCAUUUUGAGUUGCAAAUAAUUCAAUCUCGUGAAUUUUUCAAUUACAAUGGUGAGGGCGAUUUCAGCCCCACUCCUAUUAAAUAGUAUAGAUAUAAAAUGCGUGCAACCUCACGUCCCCCUUCAAGAUUAUAGAACGGUAUUUUGAUAGAUUAAUAUGACAACAAACAUCCUCCGUACUCCAAAGUAUUUGUUACCA